AUGCCGUUACAUCAGCAAAAUUUGAACGGAAUCCUGAGUGUGUACGCUGGUUUCAACUAUUGUGUAAUACUGCUUUGUGAUAUUGCUCAUGAAAAAGUCAUAAUUUCUAAACAAUAUGAAUUGUUUAGGAUUAAGUAUAUGAUUAAUGAAGCCUCAUUAUAUGAAGAAAGGCAAGAUGUAGGGGUGUCAUCUUGGCGUAAUUUUAAACCAAGCAGCCUGAAGACGGACAAGACCUUGGCGUUUGUUACAACAAACUUACAUUUGCAAAGACUUAAAGUCAUAGAUGGGACGAAUGAACAAGGCUAUGAUGUGGUUACGUUUGGGGCUCCAUCGGCUCAUUCAAUGAAGUACAGUAAAGGAGGGUUGAGAAGACUUCUAGGAAACCUGAGAGAAGCUUAUUUUACGCAAAGUGGAGGUGACAACAGAGCAAACCGAGCUAAGAAUAAAAGAAUUGAACUGGAACUGUUGAAACAUGCAUUUAAGGAUAUAUGUAAAAAUUUUAAAAGCGCUUUAGCCAAUAACAACUUGGAGGAGGUCAUCGAACUCUCAACAAAGUUGCACGAAAAGGUGAACGAUCUUCUAAAAUACUAUGAAAUGACGUUUAUCAUCGAUUCUCUUGUUUCGUUGAGUACAUCCCGUCCAAUUCCAUCCACGGCUUCAACUUCUCGUGAAGAAUAUGGUGAGAAAUACACAUACAAAGGCCUAAAUGAUUUUCAACCUGAAUCGGAGGAUGCCGAUGACCCCGAAUGCCAGGUUCUGCGUAAUUCUAUUGAAAGUUCAGUGGCGCAGAUUCUAAAAAUGAUUAAUGAAUUGAAUAAAGAAAGUCCGCUAAUUUUGAAUGACUUAGCAAAGAAAAGUUGGCGAACGAUAGGAGAGAAGACUUUGGAUUCCGUGGUAGAUGAUGUUUACUAUUUUGUUGACGCUCUUAUUAAGAAAUUAAAUUUGGGAAUGAUUUUCGUUCUACUUCAGGAAGAAUCGCGUCAUGCCCAGACUAUGCAAGACCUCCGUCAACGUCGCGAUAUUUGUCUUUCACAGGCAGUAACGGCACUCAUUUGUGGAUUUGAAGCUAAAAUUUACACAUCACUAUUUGACGCAAGUUUCAUGAAACAACUUUGUGAGAUUGGUGUUCUUGCUGAAUUUGAAUGUCUUCUGAGUACUUACGGUGAUGAAAUGGGAAUGUUAGAAGACAUGUCCAUUGCAAUACGCGAUCUUUCAUGUGUCAAAUUUAAGUUCGCUUGCUCUGAUAACGAAACGAUUCCCUACGUCACUGGAACAAGGGCUAAUAUUCAUGUUACCAUACUCCUCGAAACAGAAUAUUUCUGUUAUUUACCCAAAGAAUUGCAAGAAGGAAAAUUAAUACAAGUUUCUCCAGUUAUUUUCACUCAAGGGAUCAACGAACAUGCGACUUUAGCUGAAAG